AGAUCGCGUGCGGAGUCUUCGGCACAACAGUUGUGUUCAUAUGUCCACCGAAUAUGUCUUCAGAACCGUUUGGAAGGCUUUGGAUAUUGUAUUCGACAUAUUCUGGAGGACAGGUCCGCGCCAUUCAGACAGUGCUCUUACAUUCAUCCGCAGUCGGGGAAGAGGUGUCCGAACGCCGCCCGACGCACAGAGAGACGGGACAGCACUCUGUGUCCGUGGCAUCUCAAGAAGCUCUACCUCAAGAGGAAACAGGCGGCCAUUCAGCAGAUCCGCAUGAAAUGCGAGGAACACCACAAACGCAACGAAGAGUUGCGACAACUGAUGACCGAUUUGGAGCACUUCUGUCCCAACAAAGGCCACGACAGCAGACGUGUGGCUCUCGAUUGGGUACAACUCGACGAUCAGAGCAUUACAGCCAGUGAUCACUUGAGGAAGAAGAUGGCCGAAUCGGUGGCCAAUUUGAGCACUACUUAUGCCGACGACGACUGCCCGCACGCUAUGGUCGACGACGUGCUGCGUUCGGAUCCCCUGGACUCGGACUCGGAGUCCGUGGACAGCAAUAGUGAGGAACCGCUGAAACACGCGGGCAUUUACGCGGCCGAAGAGGUGUCACUCAUAUUACGCGAGAAAAUGCUUAGACUUCAGUCACUAUAUAUCGAGCAAUUCAAACGAUACCAGUAUUUGCUGAAAGACAAGAAGAAUAAGUAUUUGAUGUCUUUGAAGCUCGAGAAGGAGAUCCAAGGCGUCAAAAGUAUAUCGCAAUCGGUUUUCCAAAGCAAUUGCUCCAAACAGGAGCGCCAAGACUACCAGAAGUUGAAGGCGUUGUGGCGAUACCAGCGGACACACGGAGCCGAAGCGCUUCUUAAGCAACAGUCAAACGAGAAGCGGAAGGCAUCGGUGGAGGGCCUGCACUACAAAGCGCCCACUUUUCCCAUCUGUAUCUUUGCGAAGGGAGACGAGGCCUGCACUCAACGCUCUCUUCCGCUCUCUCAUUACUGUCAGAAACAUAUUUUAUAUGAUGUCAAUCAAGUGCUGUUCAGACCGUGUGCUUACGUGCAGAGCAGUGACAACGGCCAGUGCUCUCCUCCCUGUCUGACUCCUGUGGUCUCAUAUGUUCACAAGAAUACAUGUGUUUAUCACAAACAACUGAAGACCGAUCCCAAGGAUGUCGAGAAAAUUAUGGAGACCAACGAGGAUGAGUCGUCCCAAAUGGCGUCACUUCCAACUGAACCCGAAUUAUUUCAGACGAUGGAUGACAUCGCAUCGCUAGGUCUCGAUGCCGUCAAUCCCUCCAAUCUGUUCGGUUUGGAUCAGUUCGGAGAACUCGAAUCUACAGACCUAUUGAAUUGAACUCUAUUUCUCAUUUAAUGUGCAAAUCAAUUGAAUUUCAUUUAUAAAUAUCUAUAUUUUAUUGUAACUGUAAUCCAUUCAAAC